UUUAUAAAAGCGAAGAUGAGCUUUAGCUUUCGUUUAGUGUCUGAGACAUAGCUCUGCCCGCCAGUCGCUCGAAACUUAGUUCUGAAAUUGAAAAGAGUAAUCGUGUUUACAUACGCUCUCAGUAGGAAGAAUCGUCUCUAUUUGAGCAAAAGAUAAAACACAGUUCAUAAUAACGUAUACCCAAACAGAUUGGUUGUGUACAUUAUACUCGACCUGUUAUAUUUAUCAUUAGAAUAAACAGAGCUCCCAGGGAUCCCCUCACCACCCUCGGCUGACGACCAAGAGGCAAAAUGGCAGCGUCUGGCGACGCAAGCAUGGCAGUCAUCUCCAGCUUGAGCGUGUUAUUUGCCCUCUCAUCUAGUCUCUGCUCAGCCAGCAGCAUUAACACUCGCCCCGCGUUCGCCGUUGAAGCUGAUCAAAUCCAACAAAACGGGCAGAACGGAAAGCAGCCCGGAAAACGAGUCAUGCAUUCGGCCUUCGAGAACGCUGGUCAUACCCCAGGUCUGGAGAUUUGGCGCAUUGAGAAUUUUGAGCCUGUUCCCUAUCCAAAAAAUGACUAUGGAAAAUUUUACACUGGCGACUCGUUUAUAAUUCUUAAUACAAUUGAAAAUAGGAGAGACAAAAAACUGUCUUGGGAUGUGCACUUCUGGCUUGGAUCAGAGACGUCUACUGACGAGGCCGGAUCUGCAGCUAUUUUCACUGUCCAGUUAGAUGAUUUGUUGAACGGGGGUCCGAUCCAACACCGCGAGGUGCAGGACCACGAGUCACAGUUAUUUCUCGGCUACUUCAAAAAUGGUAUUCGCUACCAACAGGGCGGCGUCGGAUCUGGUUUCAAACACGUAGAGAGCAAUGCCCAGGGGGAGAAGCGACUAUUUCAGGUCAAGGGCAAGCGCAACGUGCGAGUACGCCAAGUGUACCUGUCCGUAUCGUCGAUGAACAAGGGCGAUUGCUUUAUUUUAGAUGCCGGAAGCGAUAUAUAUGUCUACGUGGGCUCCCAGGCAAAGCGAGUCGAGAAACUGAAGGCAAUAAGCGCUGCAAACCAGAUCAGAGACCAGGAUCACAACGGUCGAGCCCGAGUUCAAAUCAUCGACGAAUUUAGCAUUGAUUUCGAUAAACAGCAUUUCUUUGAUGUGCUUGGGUCGGGUUCAGAUGACAAGGUGCCUGAGGAGUCAGCCUCCGACGAGGAUGGUGCGUUCGAGAGGUUAGACGCCGCAGCGGUUAUCCUCUACAAGGUUAGCGACUCCAGUGGCAAAUUGAAAGUCGACGUAAUUAGCCAAAAACCAUUAACCCAGACUAUGCUGGAUACACACGAAUGCUUUAUCCUUGACACCGGUUCCGGAAUAUUCGUUUGGGUCGGAAAGGGCGCCUCUCAAAAGGAGAAGACUGAUGCCAUGAUCAAAGCACAGGAGUUUUUACGCAGCAAAAAGUACCCGGCGUGGACUCAAAUUCACCGCAUUGUGGAAGGCGCUGAGUCUGCACCAUUUAAGCAGUAUUUUGCUACCUGGCGUGAUGUUGGAAUGGCGCAUACUCGUCUCAUUCGCUCGGCUUUGGACAUCGGCUCUUAUGAAUCACUAGAUGUCGACCAAAUCGACGGUGUGGUGUCUCAGAUGAAGAAGAGCGGCGGUCGGGCCUUCGGCUUCAUGCCUGAUCAUGGUCAAAACUGUAUUGAAACCAUUACCCAGUAUGUUACUAAGACUGGCUCUGAUGAAAUCUUAACCAACACCGUGUCUUUUGAGGAGAGCGUCCCCCUUCAGGGAUUCGCUUCAUAUGUUCUCACUUAUAACUAUGAGGACAAUACCGGAGACACUGGUUUCAUAACGUAUGUUUGGCAGGGAAUAAACUCUUCCUCCGCCGCAAAGAAGCGUGCCGUGAAGAUGGGUCUAGAUGUCGCAGAAAAGCAGGAAGGUCUUUUUGUGUUGGUCAACCAUGGCCACGAGCCUCGCCACUUCUAUAAGAUAUUUAAAGGACAGUUGAUAACAUCCUACACGGCACUCCCGGUAGCUGCACAACUUUUCCGCAUACGAGGCACUGUAGAAAGCGAUGUGCAUGCCAAUGAGGUACCUGCUGAAAGUUUAUCCUUGGCCUCGCGUGAUGCCUUCGUCCUUCUUUCUGGACAUUCCCACAGGAUAUAUAUUUGGAACGGCAUGGGCGCAUCUGCCUUUGAGAAAAAAGUUGCCUUAAAUCGCUUCUCCCUGUACUGGGAUGACGUUGAGUUUGAGAAUGUGGAGGAGGGUGCGGAAUCAGAUGAGUUCUGGGAGGAGUUAAACGGCGAAGGCCAGUACGAUCGGAGCUUGAGCGAUCCAGGGGCACCGCUGCUGGAUCCGCGCCUUUUCCAUUGCCGUUUAAGCUCUAAUGAAUUUAUUAAAUUUGAGGAAGUGGCUAAGUACGAACAAGAGGACUUGGACUCCGAUGACGUCAUGCUAAUGGAUGCUGGAGAUGAGCUCUACUUAUGGGUUGGCUCUUGCACGACUGAUGAGGAAAAUUCGAAGUUUCUAGAUAUGGCUAAGGUGUAUAUUCGAGCGGAGCCCACAGCGCGUUCCAUCGACACGGUGACCGUUAUCCGCGUCCCUCAGGGCAAGGAGCCCAACGUUUUCAAGCGCAUGUUUCCUAGCUGGGAUAACAAUUACUGGAAGAACUUGCCCUCCUAUGAAGACAUAAAGCGAAGUGUUUUUGAUGCCAACAAUAAGGUGUAAAACAUUCUAAAUACUGCUGAAUAAAAUGUACCAAAAAAACUGUGUUUGUUAUGUAUUGUUAAGACCU